AUGCUUCAGAGACGACUUCAUGUCCCAGCUUUAUUCCUUCAAGGCUGUAAAAUUCCUUUCAACAACAAAUGGUUUCCGACUUCAUGUCCCAAUUCCUUCAAGGCUGAUGGUAAUGCUUCAAAGACGACUUCAUGUCCAGCUUUAUUCCUUCAAGGCUGUGAAGAUUCCUUUCAGCAACCAAAUAAUAAUGCUUCAGAGACGACUUCAUGUCCCCAGCUUUAUUCCUUCAAGGCUGUAGAAGAUUCCUUUCAGCAGCAAAUGGUAAUGCUUCAGAGACGACUUCAUGUCCCAGCUUUAUUCCUUUUUCAAGGCUGUGAAGAUUCCUUUCAGCAGCAAAUAAUAAUGCUUCGAACGACUUCAUGUCCCAGCUUUAUUCCUUCAAGGCUGCUGUCCCAUUCUUUAUUCCUUCAAGGCUGUGAAAAGAUUCCUUUCAGCAACCAAAUAAUAAUGCUUCAGAACGACUUCAUGUCCCAGCUUUAUUCCUUCAAGGCUGUAGAAGAUUCCUUUCAGCAACCAAAUAAUAAUGCUUCAGAGACGACUUCAUGUCAAGCUUUAUUCCUUCAAGGCUGUGAAGAUUCCUUUCAGCAACCAAAUGGUAAUGCUUCUGAGACGACUUCAUGUCCAGCUUUAUUCCUUCAAGGCUGUGAAGAUUCCUUUCAACAACCAAAUAAUAAUGCUUCAGAACAUGUCCAACUUUUUCCUUCAACCAAAUGCUUUAUUCCUUCAAAGGCUGUAGAAGAUUCGCUUCCAACAGCAAAUAAUGCUUCAGAACGACUUGUGUCCCAGCUUUUAUUCCUUCAAGGCUGUGAAAAUUCCUUUCAGCAACCAAAUGGUAAUGCUUCAGGGCGACUUCAUGUCAGCUUUAUUCCUUCAAAGGCUGUAGAAGAUUCCUUUCAACAACCAAAUGGUAAUGCUUCAAGAGACGACCAUGUCCCAGCUUUAUUCCUUCAGGCUGGCUUUUCAGCAACCAAAUAUUAA